AUGAAUCCAACAGCGCCACGAAACGAUGAGAAUAGCAGUUUAUCAUUGUUGUUCUCGCCAACACAGCAAUCAGCACCAGUAGCAGCAUCAACAGCAGCAUCAACAGCAUCAUGCAGUAGCGCUACUACGACUACCACCAACACCACCACCAGUCAUUCGUCUUCUUGUUCCUAUUGUUCCCAAACCUUUGAGACACGGAAUGCCUUGUUUCGACACUUGAGAAAUGAUCCAAUCUGUUCCCUCGAGCAUGCUGAUGAUCAUUCAGCUCGUUCGAAUAUUUAUUCUACCAACAAGAAUAAACAGAGUGAUCGAAGAUUAUUAUUGUCCAUCGUGAAAGAGUCGGUGGCAUUGCGAUUUGGAUACUACGACGACAGCAACAAUAAGUCUCCCAAACAUGAUGACGGCGACGACGAAGAAGAAGACGACGACAAUGAGGAGGAGUCCACUCUGGCGGAAACUGUCGGGAAAGUCCUACAAGGUGCUAUAGUGGAGUCGUUAAAAGAAGUUGUACAGAAUUGGUAUGACCAUGAUACGGAUACUCUGGAAAAACUGGAGAUUAUGGGAUCGACUCAAGCAAGUUUGGCCAAACUGCGACGAAUGGCACUGAAACAAGAAGAAGGAUGCGCUGCCAAUGGUGAUGUCUUGUUUGUCAAUUUAAUGUUACCAAAGGUGAUAAAGAAGGAAUCAAUGGAAAAGCAAACGGAUUUCUGGACCAAGGUUGGAAACCUGACGCGUGCAAAAUUGAAACAUCAGAUACCCCAAGCAGAACUCUUUGAUCUCCAAAUACUAGGCACCAAGAGGGCCGCGAAAUUGCACGCCGAAAAGAGUGCCACACAAUAUAUCUAUCACUAUCUUUUACCAUUAUCUUGGCUUCCAGAAGAAGAUGCCAUGAGAGCAUGGUGGCAGUCCUCUUCCGCAGAUGAUGUUAAUCCAACACGUCAAGCACGACAAUUUCAUCAAAACAAAAAGCUCAAAAAUAAACCACCAGAUAGUCUCAGACGACUAAAGGAAGCCUUGAGAAGUGCCGAAAGCGAAAAGGCUUCGCCAGAGCAAAUACGAUCCGACCACAAACAACACAAAUUGCGAUUGGCCACUGGACGAUUUGGUGCCCUUGCCGCUCGCUCCAAGCGACCUUGGCAUAACUUUGCAGAUCCUGCCUUGAAGGGAAAUGCUAGUCCUAACAAUGAACCCGUUUGGAGGGCCGUCGAUAAGGCUCGAAUUGUGGAUUUCUUUGUGGAGACACCUCUAAAGCAAGAUGGUCAAGAGGGAGAACAGGAAGAAAGGAUGGUGGCAAUCAUUGAAUUCCGUGGAGAUGGAUUUGUCAAGGAGCAAAUCCGACGAAUUGUGGGCAGUGCCGUGGCCAUGACACAUUCCUGGCUGCCACCCGAUUUCAUUGCAUUGGCUACCAACGGUGAUACUGCAAUUGAAACUCCAUUGGCACCACCGAACCGGCUGAUACUCAGCACUGUCCGGUAUCAUUUUGAUGAACUCCAAAGCAACGGACGUCCCUUCUUUGAAACACAUGAUACUCGACAAAUAGUCCAGCUAGCUCCUUCAGAAGUCGACGGAAUAGGAUGGGCCAUGAAUGCACUGUUGGAACGGAAUGAAGAGCAAGCCAAGCUAGCGCUCGAGAACGAGUCUAUGUGGUUGAAAGGCUUGUCUCAAGAGAUUGCUCCUCGGAUCCGAACGGAACUUUUGGAGCAAGGAAAAGUGGUGGCUUCUUCCAAGAAUCCCAUGAAUACUUCUCCAUUCACAUAUUCCAAGCUAUAUUAUCCAGUGUUGUCCGAAUUACGUCGGAUCAAGUCACUCAAUAUCUGGCCGGAGACAUCCGUGGCUCGAUCGACAGUGAUUCUUCGUCAAGACAAGGCAGACGACGGUAGCGACAGCGAACACAGUAGCGGUACUCCUUCGCGACAAAAUGGUUCCUUUACGAUUGUUAAUCCAAAAGUUCAGCAGAAUUGGGACAACUUGCCACUUGGCAACAAACUCUUUCCAGAGUUGGUGGAAGCUGUAUUUGAUCUAGAAUCCAAUCUUGCCGAAUCUGAGAAUACUGGUGCUACUCAUAAAAUCACCGUUGAAGAGGUGACAACACCAGCCAGCCUACAAGGGCGGCAACCAUCAUCGCACUGUGCUGUCAACUGCAACGCCCAAUUCACUCCUCAUGUCGAUAGUGGAAGAGGUGCUGGCCAAAAGUUGUCCAUGAUUGUUGGAUUGGGAGAUUAUGUCGGUGGGGAAUUGAGGGUCGAAGGCGAUGCCUUUGACAUCCAAUACAAACCUUUGGUCUUUGACGGGUGGAAGUUGCGCCAUUGGACCAACCCAUUUGCCGGAGAGCGUUUUUCGUUGGUGUAUUUCACACCAGAAUCCAAAGAUUGA